AUGAAUUUGACUCAGAUAGCGACCAACUCUACCUUACAAAAAUUUCGAAAGAAGGUCGUGGAUUUAACGCCCGUAGCUCUCUCUCCAAUCGUACGAACACUGACGAUCGAGGCACUCAAAUUGGGACCCAUCCCAAAGCAUGUCUCAUUCAUCAUGGAUGGAAAUCGAAGAUACAGUCGCGAACAGGGUAUCUCGAUCCAACAGGGCCACUUUAGAGGAUUUUUAUCCCUGAAAAGACUUUUGGAGUUUUUGUUACGACUCGGUGUGUUACACAUUACGGUUUAUGCGUUCGCGAUCGACAAUUAUCGAAGAACGGCGGAAGAGAUAGAGAAGUUGAUGGAAAUGGGUAAAAGCAAAAUGCUAGAAAUUUGCGAGAGAGGAGAACUGUUUGAACGAUUCGGAAUUCGAGUCAGGAUGGUUGGCAGAGUAGACUUGUUACCUCCAGACGUCCAAGUUUUGGUUGCCAGGGUGCAAGCAUUGACUGCUAAGAAUACUCGCGGAGUCAUAAACAUUGCAUUUUCUUACUCGGCACAGGAAGAAAUCACCAGUGCUAUCACUGAAACCGUGCAAGAGGCGAUGGAUCGGAAGAUCUCACCAAGCUCGAUCAACAUAGACACUCUGGCGAGCCAUCUGUACACCACCCACACUCCACCCUUAGACAUGCUAGUCAGGAGCUCGGGAGUCAAUCGAAUCUCGGAUUAUUUGCUCUGGCAAUUGAUCAUCAACUCAACCAAAUACGUAAAGCAUAAUGAGGAGCAAUCGGCGGAUGAUUCUGAAAACUAUCCCGCGAUUAACCUCGACAGGAAUAUCGUGGAAGGUGCCGCUUACCAUGUCGUACCAACUCAUUGGCCUAAUUUCGGCAUGGACGACAUGGUACCAAUCAUUCUGAAAUGGCAAGUGGGCGAAUUUCGAAAAUAUUUGGGACUAACCACCGAAACCCAAGUUGGUAACCUUCUCAAAUCAGAGUGA